AUGACAUCUGUUGACGACAUACAAGCGAGCGUCAAUGAAAAGCAGGAUAUAGAGUACAACCCUCCUCCCGACGGUGGAUACGGGUGGGUGAUAGUAGCAUGCAGUUUUUUGCUAGAGUUUUUUGCCGAGGGUCCUGUUAGCGCAUUUGGAGUGUUCCAAGAGUACUAUGUCAAUGAGAGGUUUAGUGGCCAGGUAUCCAAUGCUACUAUAUCGCUCGUUGGUGUUUUAAGCAGUAGCUGCAUGGCCAUACUAGGCGUUGUUUCGGGAAAGUUAUGCGAGCGGUAUGGAUAUCGUCUUGUGCCGAUGUGUGGCAUUGUUACCCUGAGUCUGGGUUAUCUAUUGGCAUCAUUCGCUACAAAGCCGUGGCAUUUGCUGCUCACUCAGGGCGUGCUGUGCGGCAUUGGCGCGUCGCUGACUUUCUUGCCAGCAGUUGUUGUGCCGUCGCAGUGGUUUGAGAAAAGACGUGGAUUAGCCUCGGGCACUGUCAACAUGGGCAUUGGUGUUGGCGGGCUAGUGUGGACUCAGUUUAACCAUUUGAUGAUAAGAAAGUUUUCAGUUGCGUGGACAUUGCGUCUAACGGCCAUUGUUGUUCUGGUGACGUGUACUUCGUCAUUAAUGCUGAUAAAGACGUACAAGGUUAGCUCAAAUCCUCGAAAAAUUGGAUUGAAGCAGAUGAAUGACCGCAACUUUAUAGUGUUUAUGAUAGGCUCGUUUUUCACUGGUGUGGCCUCACUGAUCCUUUCUACUACUUACCAGGUAAACAAAAGCCAAUAUUGA